UCUUAGACGAAUUCAGACGCAUUCCAGCUGUCUGCUUCACUCGUCUCCAAAAUUAACUAUCCAAAAUUUUCAAAAAAUAAAUAAAAAGAGACUAAAAAAAAACAAAAAAAAAAAUAGGUUAGCACUUCCAUUUCGCAUCUAUAAUGGCCAACUUAUUUUCCAGUAUGCUGCCAUCGGGUAUUUAUCAAGAGUCGAGUGACAUACGCGAUUCGAGCAGCAGCAGUGGAGAUCUGUUAAUACCGGAUGUCGAUCUGAUCGCCUCGAUGAUGCCACAUCUGUAUCCUGUUCCGGACCUCCAGACUCAUCGGAGACACGACUCAACCUUGUCAAAUUUCGAAGGUUCUCCCCUUUCUGAUGACGAAAAACGAGAGCGGAUUCGUCUUCACGAAAUGUUAAAUCAAUAUAGUGAUCCCAUCGAGUUUUGAAGUCCUAUUAUCCGUAGGAAUGAGCCACCGAGCGAACGAUUGACUGAUUCUGGGCCAGAUGGUUAUUGGCUUUAUCCCAUGAUGUGAACUUUGAAAUCAGCGUUUAAAUAAUAAUCUGGAUUCGAAAUAUUAGUUUCAAUAAAUGUACAAGGUCAGGAUAUUUU